AUGACCAAAUUUUACAUCGAAGGCUUAAACUUACCGCUGAUCCAACGAAUUCUACAAAAAUGCGUUGCCGAGGAAAAGCUAAAGCUUCUGAAGGCGAGUCAGGACUUGCGGACGCACGUAUUCAAAAGCGGGCUGCUACCAUAUGAAAUUAACAAGUUGACAGUGAUUAUGGAGACAGUCAAAUUCACGGAGGACGCGCUCCUCUACUGUUGUGAUUUCCAUGUGCGCAUCCAGGCCGACAAAGAGGAAAUUUACUUUGGUCGAAACCGCGUGCGCAUUAAUGGAAAAGCCGAAUGGCCCUCACACCUACAAAGGCUCACCAAGCCACUAUUGGACAAGGUCGUCCCAAAAAUGAAGAUACGGAAAUUGUUUUUAAAAGGCAUUUGGGCCAGCAUCCUCGCCUUCAUCGAUUUCAAUCGAUUACGUCACAAAAAACUCAUAUCUCACCUUGAUCUCACCGGCUUUUACCUGCCCGCCGAAUGGACUUAUCAAAUCCUCGAAUCUCUGUCAGGGAUCCGAGCCCGAGUUGUUUGGCAUGGGAGCCAUUUUGUACGAGUUUUAACACUUUUUCACAUUCACAAAAUUCCGGAGUACGAUGUGUUUAAAAACGCGCUCGGCGUCGAGCUGCUCCGAUUUCAAUGGAACGGCCAAUUCCCGCCGCUGCCAAAUGUGGAAUAUUUAACUUGGGAUAUCACGGAGUUGGAUGCGUUGCUAGAGCUCUACCGCCAGACCGGAUUCCCUGCACAAGUGCAACGUCUCCAAUUCGAGGUUCACCAAUGGGCCGAGGCGGUGGCUUUCUCCGAGCCAGAUCGUGUUUUUCAAGAUAUUUUGCACAAAUUGCGCGUUGCUCAUUUUCCAGCCCUAAAAAGGCACGUCACGGAGGCCGGCCUAGACUCGAGCUGCAGGAUUAAGUUCACCGAACUACAAGCGUACGCCUCGGAAUGCCUGACCGCCCAGUAUUUGAGGGGAAGGAAUCAUUUUCUCGAGCUUUCCAUCCACCUCUCCAAGGAAAUGCGGCAUUACGCCAUUAAUUUAUUGGUCGUGAACAAGUCUUUGAGAAAAUGCUUC